UUAGGAAUGGGGAGCUGUCCAGAACCGGUCCAGAACCGGUCGAUUUGCUCUAAUUCGGUUCAGUUUCAGUACUCACCCUUAGCCGCACAUACAUGUUUGAUUCGGAGCAACUCAGUUCCCGUGUCCAAAUUGUUGAGGCCAAUGUAUGGUGCAAGCGAAGAAGUUGGACUGGUAUUCCAUUUUACCGCACAUCCCAUUUCGAUACUAAUGCAUUCUUGAAUGACAUCUCGUGACUUUCGUUUUGGAUGGAUAGCGUGUAAAGGUUCCUCAACGCCUGCUCCUACUCACUACAAAAAGAACCAGACGCAGGAGGAAGCAAGUUGUAUCUGGGGUUCUGAUAGAAGAAAAUGAUGUCAAGUGCACUUCUCAGGCAAUAUCUUUAUCCCCUUUUAAUACCAUUUACCUUCUGCAUCUUGCUCCUCUUCAAAUGGUUGCUUUCACCUUCCACCACCCAAAAACACCACCACCCACCACCUUCGCCACCAAGGCUUCCCAUCCUCGGAAACCUCCACCAGAUCGGCUCGCGCCCUCACUCCUCACUUGCAAACUUGUCCCGUAAACAUGGCCCUCUCAUGCUCCUCCGACUCGGCCGUGUGCCGGUGCUUGUGGUCUCGUCAGCGGAUGCCGCCCGCGAGAUCAUGAAGACCCACGACCUCAUCUUUGCCAACCGGCCAAAGUCGAAGAUCUUCGAAAAGCUUGUGUACGACUACAAGGACGUGUCGAUGGCGCCAUACGGCGAGUACUGGAGGCAGAUGAAGAGCGUCUUCGUAUUGCAACUCCUGAGCAACAAGAGGGUCCAGUCGUUUCGCCUGGUCCGGGAGGAAGAGGUGGCCAACCUGAUCGCCGACAUCGAGGGCUUGCUUUCUUCCGCAUCGCCGACAACCGUGAAUUUGGGCGAGAGGUUCGCAGCGCUAACCAACGACGUGGUGUGCAGGGUGGCUUUGGGGAGGAAGUAUGGUGGGAAGAGGUUCAAGGCGAUACUCAUGGAAUUUGUGGAGUUGUUGGGAGCUCUCAGCUUCGGGGAUUAUAUUCCUUGGCUUGCAUGGGUGGAUCGAGUGAGCGGUUUGGAUGAGCGGCUGGACAAGGUGGCUAAAGAGCUUGAUGGUUUCUUGGAUGAAGUUGUGGAAGAGCAUGUUGAGAAGAGGAUGAACUGCGAGGGCGGCGUCGACGUACAAGAAGGCAAAGAAGAUUUUGUGGAUAUCUUGCUUUCUAUCCAGAAGGAUAGCUCCGUCGGUUUUUCCAUUGAUAAAAUUACCAUCAAAGCUCUCAUCUUGGAUGCAUUUGCAGCGGGAACAGACACUACAUACACUGCCCUAGAGUGGGCAAUGACCGAGCUUCUCAGACAUCCAAAUGCAAUGCGACAAGCACAAGCCGAGGUCAGAAGGAUUGCCGGUCACAAGUCGAGCAUAACCGAGGAAGACCUGGACCAAAUGUGCUACUUGAAAGCCGUGAUCAAGGAAACCCUCCGAUCGCAUCCUCCGAUCCCACUACUAAUCCCCCGAGAGUCAACCCAAGACACCAAAGUGACGGGCUAUGACGUCGCGGCAAGGACGCGAGUGAUUGUCAAUGCUUGGGCCAUCGGGAGAGACCCUUCGCUGUGGGACUCGCCAGACGAGUUCCGUCCGGAGAGGUUCUUGAACUCAUCCAUCAAUUUCCAGGGACAUGACUUUGAGCUCAUUCCAUUCGGAGCAGGGCGGAGAGGCUGUCCGGGAAUCGCAUUCGCCAUUGUUGUGGAUGAGCUUGUUUUGGCCAAUCUCUUGCACAAGUUCGAUUGGAGAUUGCCUGAUGGCGUGGGGCAGCUGGACAUGACCGAGUCCACUGGUCUAACCAUUCACAAGAAGUUCCCUCUCAUUGCUUCUGCCGCUAUAGCCACUCUAUAAUGCUACCAACGAUUUUUACUUAUUUUUACAUCUAAUUCAGGCAAUGUUGUCCGACAGAUGUGGCGGAUGAAGUUCCUUCUUCCCAUUUUCCAAAUAUUUCUGGCAAUGCAAAGUUCUUAUGCAGUCUGA